UGCUGGAACUCUGUGAUGCUGAUUGACGGGAAGGAGGAGACGGACAAGUCCUGCCUGUCGCCCUCUAAGUUGAAGGGCCAGGUCUUUUGCUACAGCUCCCGAAAUGUCUCCAAGAGGAACUGCUGCUUCACUGACUUCUGCAACAAUGAGACUCUGCACUUACACCCAGGUACACCUGGCUGGAGCAGGCUGCAGCUCUCUGUGUUGAUCCUGGUUCCCUCCUGCCUGUUGUGUGUGGGGAUCCUGCUCGGUGUGUUCGUUGUGCAGGGCCGCCGCUGUGCCUACAGCAGAGCCCGCAAGCAGGACCAAGAGGAGCCUCUGGAUGACCAGAUGCUAAUGUCCACUGACAAAAGUCUUAAAGACCUCAUCUAUGACAUGAGCACCUCAGGCUCUGGAUCAGGUCUGCCACUGCUGGUCCAGCGAACUAUAGCUCGGACCAUUGUCCUGCAGGAGACCAUUGGGAAAGGUCGGUUUGGUGAAGUGUGGCGGGGAAGGUGGCGAGGAGAAGAUGUGGCGGUGAAGAUCUUCUCCUCAAGGGACGAGAGAUCAUGGUUUCGUGAAGCAGAGAUUUAUCAGACAAUCAUGCUCAGACAUGAGAACAUUUUGGGCUUCAUUGCUGCUGACAACAAAGAUAAUGGCUCAUGGACCCAGCUCUGGUUGGUGUCAGAGUACCAUGAGCAUGGCUCUCUGUAUGACUACCUGAACAGGUACACAGUCUCCUUGGAAGGCAUGAUCGUCCUCGCUCUGUCCAUAGCCAGUGGGCUGGCGCAUCUCCACAUGGAAAUCAUUGGAACACAGGGGAAACCUGCCAUUGCUCACAGGGAUCUAAAGUCUAAAAAUGUCCUGGUGAAGAAGAACGGCACGGCAGUCAUUGCGGAUUUGGGCUUGGCUGUGAAACACGACUCAAGCACCAACUCCAUUGACAUGCCGUCCAACCACAGAGUGGGAACCAAGCGGUACAUGGCCCCAGAAAUCCUGGAUGAGACAAUCAAUAUAACUAGCUUUGAGUCAUUCAAGAGGGCGGAUAUCUACUCGCUAGGUCUGGUGUUCUGGGAACUAGCCCGAAGAUGCUCUGUUAGAGGACUUCAUGAAGAUUUCCAGCUCCCUUAUUACGACCUGGUGCCUUCGGAUCCGACCAUCGAGGACAUGAGGAAGGUGGUGUGUGAGCAGAAACUCAGACCCAACGUUCCCAACCAGUGGCAGAGCUGUGAGGCUCUGCGUGUGAUGGGCAAACUGAUGAGAGAGUGCUGGCAUGCCAACCCUGCUGCUCGACUCACUGCUCUGCGGGUCAAGAAAACGGUGUCUCAGCUGUCUGCCAUCAAGGAUGUCAAAGAUUAG